AUGCUUCUGUAUCAUAUGGCCUUGGGUGACCAGGACAUCGAAGGCCUCACUGACAAAGUCCUUCCUCGUCGUCUUGGACCCAAGAGAGCAACCAAAAUUCGUAAGCUCUUCAACCUCACCAAAGAAGAUGAUGUUAGGAAGUACGUAAUCACUCACGAGAGAGUGCGUGAAGGUUGGUGACU